GGGCGCGGCCUCGUCCUCAAUGGAUUUCUCUCUUUUUUUUGCCCCCCAUGAGUGUGCAGACGGGCUGGGGGGACACAGGAUGGCAGAGCUAACAGGAGCGACAUAACGGGACAUGCGGACGGGCUGAUUCCUUCUUCACAUAUUUCUCGUGCUGUCUGUGUCUGGCGCGCGGCCUCGCCAUGCCGCUGGUUAAGAGGAACAUCGAGCCCCGUCACCUCUGCCGAGGGGAGCUCCCCGAGGGCAUCGGCAGCGAGCUGGAGUGUGUGAUGAACAACACACUCUCUGCCAUCAUCCGUCAGCUCAGCAGCCUGAGUAAACAUGCGGAGGACAUUUUUGGCGAGCUCUUCAAUGAGGCCAACACCUUCUACCUGCGUGCCAACUCUCUCCAGGACCGCAUUGACCGGCUGGCCGUCAAGGUCACACAGCUGGACUCCACCGUGGAGGAAGUUUCCCUGCAAGACAUCAACAUGAGAAAGGCCUUCAAGAGCUCCACCAUCCAGGACCAGCAGGUGGUAUCCAAGAGCAGCGUGCCCAUUCCUGUCAGGGAAAUGUACAACCUGAGCGACAAGCCUCCCCCGCUCAACAUCCUCUCAUCGUACAGGGAUGACCACAAGGAGGCGCUGAAGUUCUACACUGACCCCUCGUACUUCUUCGACCUGUGGAAGGAGAAGAUGCUGCAGGACACAGAGGACAAGAGGAAAGAGAAGAGGAAACAGAAGGAGCAGCGACGUUGCGUGGACGGGACAUUACAGAGAGAGGUGAAGAAGGUGCGCAAGGCGAGGAACCGUCGGCAGGAGUGGAACAUGAUGGCUCUAGAUAAGGAGCUGAGGCCAGACCAUCGACACACCAUCCACCGCGACAGAGGGGCUUCCUCUGAAGGCUCAAUGUCGCCAGAGAACAGGGGACUCGGCCCCGAGCAGCACCACUACCCCAGCGCCAUGAACCAUGCUGGCCACGCCCACACCUACUCUGGCCCCCCGCCCAGCGCCCUGGCCGCCCAGAUGGCCGCAGGACACGCCGCUCGCGGCAUGGGUGAUCAUGACAACAGGGGCAGGACCAUGAUGGCCUAUCAGGGCGGGACACUGGGCCGUUCCCACUACCACCACCAAGUCCCGCUGCCUCCUCCACCCACUGAGGCCAUGAACGGUGGCUCUAUGUCCCUCCCACCAAUGGACUACAGUAUGGAUGGCUAUGCCAACACCGGCCCCCCUCCCCCUCCCCCGGCGCCUCUCAUCCCUUCUGCGCUGACUGCCUUCGCAUCGCCUCCCGGGGGUCCGAUGCCUCCUGGAGCAAUCGCCGGUGCCGUCGGCUACACUCUGCCUCCGCCGCCUGUGUCUGGAGCGCAGGCAGCUCCGCCUCCUCCCGGUCCUCCACCCCCUCCGCUUCCGGCCGGUGCCUCCCACUUCGCAGCCCGCAAGAUAUCCUCCUCUGCGCCCGCUCAGACGGAAGUGGUCAACGACGCCCGCAGCGAUCUGCUGGCUGCUAUACGCAUGGGCAUCCAGCUGAAGAAGGUGCAGGAGCAGCAGGAGCAGCAGGCGAAGAGGGAGCCGGUCGGAAACGACGUGGCCACCAUCCUGUCGCGGCGCAUCGCCGUGGAAUACUCCGACUCCGAGGAUGACUCAGAGUUGGAGGAAAACGACUGGUCCGAUUAACACGCGCGCAGAGAGCGGGAUAACCACUGAAGAUACACACACACACACACACAAUCAGAAGAGCGUGCACUCACUUGAAGGAAUGCCCACCGUUACACACUCUUGGGUUGUCACACACUUUGUUGCUGGAAACACACACAAACACACACACACACACACACACACACACUACUACACCUACAAACAAUCACAUGCUGUAGGUUAAUAUAAGCUCAAUGGUCCAAAACUGGAAAUCUGGGGGUGUAUUCAAGAUGCAUAAACACUGUAUAAGGCCUAGUUAUAGUCUGUAAUGCUGACCACUGACCAUUAACAUUCAGUUUGCUGGUAAUAUUUCAAAAUAUCGUGAAUACACCCCAGUGGAUGUUUCUCUGCCUGUUAUAACACUUUAGACACCGUGUGAAGGUGCUAAUUCCAUGUAUAGCCCGAGCUUUGAGAGAGUUAUAGAAGAGUUAGAAACUUUCCUCUCUGGCUAACCAAUGUACUUGUCUUUUUUUAUCGUUUUUACUCAAAACACUUGCCAUAUGCCAUAUAGGACAUGAGGUUAAGUUUUUAACAUGUAGACGAAAAAUAACUGGAGGCGGAGGAGAGGCGGAUGAGCUCAGUGGCAGCUGCCGUCAACAGGAAGAGCGUCCGAACGCGGACGAGAGGGCGAUAUGUAAAAAAGUCUUAUUGAUCAUAAAUAUGAUAACCCCAUUGAGCCGUCUGCGUCUGCAAUCGCUCACUGCUGUAUGGGAGGGGACGGGCGAGGGGGAGGGUGGGGUGGGUGGGGGUGUCAUGUAUAUGCUAGUGUGAGCUGUGUUACCUUUGACCCAGAGAAAAAUAAAAUGUUGAAUGAA